AUGACGCUCUACACGACGCGCAAGGCGCCCGACGGCUCCACCGUGGAGGAGCCGGAGCGCGUGAUCGAGACGCGGCUCACCGGCUUCGGCGUCCACGCGGGCGUGCUCGCCUCGUCGCUCGCGCUGCCCCUCCUCUCCGUCGUGCCGCUCCCGGUCGUGUCUGGCGUCUUUCUCCACCUCGGCAGGCGCGUGGUCGCCGGCAACCUCUUCGUCGAGCGCUGCAAGAAGCUGUGGCUCGAGAAGGGGACGCUCGACCCUCGCGUCGACGGCGCCGAGCGAGAGAUGGUUGCGCUGGGCAGAUGGGCCGUCUUUCGCUUCACGGCGGCCGCUUGCCUGCUCGGGCUCCUCGCUCUCCGGUGCAACCCGUCGACGGCUCUCGUCUUCCCCUCGGUGAUCGGCGUGCUGAUGCUCGUGCGCGUCAAGCUCACCACCAGGGGAUUACGUUUUGGAGCAUUCGGAACCCAGCAGCAGCAGGACUUGCGACUUGGAGCACUUGGCCUUCGGGUAUUCUUGUCAGUAUAA